AUGGCAUAAGCCAAUGUUCUACCUUUAUUGGAGUCUGGGGACCGAGGUGGAGGAGGCUGAACUUGCUGGUUAGAGGAGCCACCUCCCCACAAGCAGAUGGGGCCAGGAAGGAGAUUAUGGAGGCGCCAGGCCCAGGGCUCUGACAUGCACCUGCCGCUGCUCCAGGGGAGAUGGAGGGCCUGCCAAUUUACCCCACCCCAUGAUCUCAUGGCUGCAUUUGCCAGGCACUGGCUCAGGGAGCAGGCCCUUUCAUUCUCCCCAAAAGGCUCCCUCACUGCAUGCACCCCUAUCCCGUCCCCAAAAGAUGAUGGCAUCCCAGAGAGAGACACUGGAAUGGGCCACAAGGCCAAAACCUUAUAGAGGAAGACCUGGCUCAAGGCCACACCACAUUUCCAUGUCAUCUUCAACUGGGACCAAGUAAGCUGGUGUUAUAAAUGUUUUGCAAAUGUUCUCACACAUCUUCCGUGGUUGUCCCUGGUUGUCAAAGUAGUCAGUGUCAGUUAA